AUGACUGAAGCUAUGAAUUCCGAGGUUAUUAAUAACCCAGACGGUACUAAGACUAUUAUUACUUAUAGAGUUGAAAAUGGUCAAAAAUUCAAGAUUACUCAAAAGGUUAGAGAAGUUCAUGUUAGUGAAAAGGUCCAUAAGGCCGUUGCCAGUAGAAAACAAUGGGCUAAAUAUGGUGAAGAAAGAAAUGCUCCUCCAGGUCCUAACCAUUCCACUACCCAGUUGGGUGAAGAAGUCUAUUUAAGAUUGAGUAGGAACUGGAAACAAAAGGAAGAAGAAGAAACUGAAAAGGCUAAGAUUAAAUCAGAUGGUAUUAUCAGUUGUAGAUUAUGUGGUAACGCGCAUUAUACUAUGAACUGUCCAUUCAAGAGUAUUAUGAGUGAUAUUGCCGCUUUGGAAGAUCCUAAUGCUCCUAUUGAAGUUGGUUCCAACGCGGUUGAGGCUCCAGUUGAAACAGCUUCUUCUGCAGCAGCCGUUGCUUCUGGUAAGUAUGUUCCACCUUCUCGUCGUGCUGGUGCAAAGGAUCCAUCUUCUGAUGCUUACAGAGACUCCAGAGAACGUGAUGAUAUGGCUACUUUGAAGAUUACUCAAUUGAAUGAAAAUGCUGAUGAAACUACAUUGAGAGAAGAAUUGUUAUUCCCAUUCGGUAACAUUCCAAGAGUUGUUGUUGUUAGAAACAGAGAAACAGGUAGAUCCAGAGGUCUUGCCUUUGUCACCUUCUCCAGUGAAGAAGUUGCUGAAAAGGCUAGACGUUUGUUGAACGGUAGAGGUUUCAUGAAUUUGAUCUUGCAAGUUGAUUGGUCCAAGCCAAAGGAAAAAGAAUAA